AUGAUUUCUACAGCUAAGCUACACAUCCUACCUUCUAUUGCAUCUGGGAUGCUUUCAAAAUCAGAAUAUGACCUCGAUGACUUGUCUUUGGACUUUUGGAAUAAAAUUAUGAUGCUUGUGGCCUUUCCAGUACAAACCUUGCCGGAACGAUUCUCCAUGGAAUCUGACCGUCGAUUUCGUCAUUCUCAAAUUGCAAUUGAUAUUCAAAAAUUUUCUUCUUUUUGGACGGCACGGCGACCACAGUACCAUUAUAAAGACAGGUUGUAUUUGGGAACAAGCCAAUUACUUGAUCUCCAAUCUGGAACAUUUUCUUUUUCAUUGCAGAAUCAUCGUCGUGGCAUAUCAUCAGCAGUUGGAAUGGUUUUGCCGGGUAUUUUAACCGCUUCGAAAGAUCGCCAGAAUGGUCGUCAUCCUCCGAUACGUCUUCAAUAA